GCGGAGAACCAUAGCUUUCGAGAGGUUUUCUGUACUUACCGCGACAGUUACAGACACCUGAAAACACUCACCCACUUCCCCGCUAUCUCUCUCUCUGAAAGCUCCAUAAAACCUUUCACCAACUCAAUCAAAUCAAUUCCCCACUAUCUCUAAACCAAUUAGGGUUGUUGUUCUCCAUAGAGACCGAAAAAAUGGCCAGAGAAGAUUUAGAGGGCAGAGGAUCAGGUGAGGGAGUGAAGAACAGAGGAAACAAUAACUACGAUUCUUCACCAACUUGUUUGGUUCAUGAAGGAGAGGCUCAAUGGACAUCUUGGCUUGUUCCUAUGUUUGUGGUGGCAAAUAUUGCUGUUUUUAUUGUUUCCAUGUAUAUCAAUGAUUGUCCCAAGCACAACAAUUCUGGAGUUCAAGGCAAGUGCGUGGCUCGGUUUCUUGGGAGGCUGUCGUUCGAGCCCUUGAGAGAGAACCCUCUCUUCGGUCCUUCUUCGUCUACUUUGGAGAAGUUGGGCGCUCUUGAGUGGACAAAAGUUGUGAUUAAGCAUCAAGGAUGGAGGCUUAUCACUUGUAUCUGGUUGCACGCUGGGGUCAUUCAUCUUCUUGCAAACAUGCUGAGCCUGGUCUUCAUUGGAAUUCGUCUCGAACAACAAUUUGGUUUCGUGCGGAUUGGCAUUAUUUACCUGCUAUCUGGAUUUGGAGGAAGUGUACUUUCCUGUCUAUUUAUUCGUAACAGCAUCUCUGUUGGCGCAUCUGGUGCACUCUUUGGGCUUCUUGGAGCCAUGCUUUCAGAACUACUUACAAACUGGAACAUAUACACCAACAAAGCUGCAGCGCUGCUUACUCUUCUGGUCAUCAUUGUGAUUAACCUUGCCAUUGGAAUUCUACCGCACGUAGAUAAUUUCGCUCAUAUUGGAGGAUUCCUAACAGGUUUCUUGCUCGGUUUUAUUUUGCUGCCACGACCUGAGUUCGGGUGGUUACAGCGCCAAAAUCUUCCAGCUGGUGCUCGUAUAAAGUCCAAAUAUAAGCCUUACCAAUAUGCACUUUGGCUUGUUUCUCUGGUACUGCUGAUUGCAGGGUUAACGGUUGCGUUGGUGAUGCUGUUCCGUGGAGAAAAUGGAUACAAACACUGCCACUGGUGUCGCUACCUGACCUGUGUUCCAAGCUCCAGAUGGAACUGUGAAGAUAUUUGACACCUUUUAAAGGAUGAAUAGCUAUCUCUUUGUUGAUCUCCUUUCCCUUGUACAGGACUAGCUGUCGCUUUUACUAUUUCAUUUCCACUGGUGUAAUUCUAUACCUUCUAUAGGAAGACUGCUUAAGUAUAGUGAUUCUUCUUGGGUUU